AUGCCGCAAAGACCAACCCGUGGAAACAAUCAACCACCAACGCCACCAGAAAUCAACUUGGUUGCAUUCCAAGCAGCUGUGUCUACCGCAGUCACAGUAGCACUGGCGCAAAUCCACAACGGGAACAAUGGUGGAGGCAAUGGACAGGGGGCUGGAAUGUUCGAGAUAUGCGGAUGCCCGGAUGAAGUCAAGGUGAAGUUUGCAACAUGUACAUUUGUUGAUCAAGCUCUCACCUGGUGGAAUGGACAUGUGGAGGCUAUGACUCUUCCAGUGGCUAAUGCCAUGCCAUGGACGUAA